AUUCAAUUCAAUCCACAGAAAUGUUCUGUGUCAUGUAGCUUCGACAGACUUUCAGAUACAGAACCGUACGAAUCGCACGCACUCUCUCUCUCGCAUCCGAGCAUCAUCCCCUGCCGCAGUUCUUAUCCCAGUAUCCGAUGGCGCACCAUUACCCGUAGUCCAAUCUACAGUCUGAGAUAGGAACCCUAGUUUCGCCAUUGGAGCAUUCAAAGUUACUCAUUAAUGGCAGACCUCAAAGAGCGCCUGCUUCCACCAAAACCUGCCUCAGCUAUAAGCCUUAGAGAUGCAUCUUACCGGCCGUCUGCCUCUGGACGUCAACCUUUUCAAGCUGUGGAUUUUUUAGGGCUGAAGAAACGUGGCCAGGGCCUUCGAUCAUGGAUUCGAGUGGAUGCAUCUGGGAACUCCCAGGUCAUAGAGGUUGACAAGUUCACUAUGAUGCGCCGCUGUGAUCUUCCUGCCCGAGAUCUGCGCCUUCUUGAUCCACUUUUUGUGUACCCUUCAACAAUUCUUGGUAGAGAGAAGGCUAUUGUUGUAAAUCUAGAGCAGAUUCGAUGUAUUAUCACAGCAGAUGAAGUUUUGCUCCUGAAUUCUCUUGAUAACUAUGUGUUGCAGUAUGUGGUGGAGCUACAGCGGCGACUGAAAGCACCUGGGGUGGGCGAAGUUUGGCAGUCAGAAGGUGCUGACUUGAGCCGAAGGAGAGGAAGUAGGAAUUUUGACAAUGUGUUUGGAAGCACAUCACCUGAUUAUUUGCCCUUCGAAUUUAGGGCCCUUGAAGUUGCUCUGGAGACUGCUUGUACAUUUCUUGAUUCUCAGGCUGCAGAAUUAGAAAUUGAAGCAUAUCCCCUGUUAGAUGAACUUACAUCAAAGAUCAGUACGUUAAACUUGGAACGUGCACGUCGACUGAAAAGCAGACUUGUUGCAUUGACGCGGAGAGUUCAGAAGGUUAGGGAUGAGAUAGAGCAGCUCAUGGAUGAUGAUGGAGACAUGGCUGAAAUGUACCUUACUGAGAAGAAGAGGCGGAUGGAAUCUUCAUUCUAUGGUGAUCAAUCUUUGGUGGGAUACAGAUCAAAUGAAGGUGCAUUCUCUGUUUCUGCUCCAGUUUCUCCUGUUGCUUCACCCCCUGAUAGCCGGAAACUUGAGAAAAGCUUCAGCAUCACAAGGAGCCGGCAUGAGAGCAUGAGGAGUUCUGAAAGUGCUACAGAGAGUAUUGAAGAACUUGAGAUGUUGUUGGAAGCAUAUUUUGUCGUCAUUGAUAGCACCCUUAACAAGCUGACAUCGCUCAAGGAGUACAUCGAUGACACAGAGGAUUUCAUUAACAUUCAGCUGGAUAAUGUCCGAAACCAGCUGAUUCAAUUUGAGCUGCUGUUGACAACAGCAACAUUUGUGGUUGCAAUCUUUGGGGUGGUGGCAGGGAUCUUCGGCAUGAAUUUUGAAAUAUCAUUGUUUGAUGACCCUGAUGCAUUUAAGUGGGUCCUUAUAAUCACUGGGGUUUGUGGGAUCACCAUAUUUUGUUCUUUCGUUUGGUUUUUUAGGUAUAGGAGACUCAUGCCCUUGUAGAUGCACAAGUAAAAAUUGUAUUCACGAGGGAGGGGUUAAAAAAUUAUAUAUAUGAUGUUUGUAUUAUCAUUUACGUUUUGUACCUUUUGGCGACAACCAAAAGAAAGGGGAGAAAAGGAAUCAGAAGAGAGAUGGGAUUGAAAGAGAGAAAAAAAAAAAAAAAAGAGGAAAACGAAAAGGUUUGUUCUCUUUUAGGUCAAUUCUUCCUCAUGAAUGCAUAAUUUACUUAAUUUUU